GUAAACAAAAGUGACGCCGUCGUCAAACAACGGAGGUCUGUACAGCUGAUACGCAGUGCUCUGUAAGAUUUGGACACUUCAAGCACGAAUCAAGACGACUUUCGCAAGGUACGACUGAGAAGAAGUCGGAACAGCAGUCACCAUGUCGAGGCCUGAUUUGAAUGGAACCUGGAACCAAGUUAAAAACGACAACUUCGAUGCGUACAUGAGAGCAUUGAACGUGGGCUUCGCGACCAGGAAGAUCGGAAACAUGCUCAGCCCCCAAAAGGUGAUCACACAAGCCGGAGACCACAUGAACAUCAAGACACUCAGCACCUUCAAGAACCACGAGAUAGACUUCGACCUCGGGCAAGAGUUUGAAGAGCACACGCUGGACGGCAGGACGGUAAAGACCACCAUCAACUGGGACGGGGAAAAGUUGUGUGCAGACCAGAAGGGGGAGAAGGCUGACCGGGGCUGGUGUCACACACUGGUGGACGGAAUUCUGCACCUGGACCUUCAUUGUGGUGACGUCCGCUGCCAUCAGGAGUUCAAGAAAGAAUCUUAAUACGUGUAUCUACCUUGAAGAAAGAGAAGACGCUAUCUGUUGUUUUCACCAUUUAAACUCUUUAUUUCAAUUAAGCCUUUUCUUGUUAACAUAUUGUGAUGGCGGUUUCAAAAAUGCGAUGUAAACGUUUGCCGUGUGAAGAAAAUGAUGUGAACAUGUGAAUAUGUCUAACAAGUAAAAACUAACGGGGUUGCUAACGCUAAUUGUACAUUCUUCUUAACCCAAAUUACGUGAAACCGUGUCGAGUGUUUUCUAAAAGACUCUAGGUGAAUGGAUUAUGGUUCAAA